AUGAGUCUCCUUACAAGAUGGAGCGCUUCACGCCCAUUUACAGCAACCCAAAGAGCUUUCCAGCUCUCCGGCAACCCGUUCCUUUACGGCCAAGCGCGUAACGGGUCACUUUCUGCGAUACAUCGCGGUAUUCACCGUUCCGACAAACCACGCAACGACCGCACCGACCGCAACUCCAGAUCUGCCUCCAGGCCACGAUUCACGGAGUCUCGAGGUGGCGGCAGAUCGAGAGAUGCAGCCAAAUCCAAGCCCGAUGCCUUCAGCGAUCGGUUCUCCGGUGCUAUCGGUAACCGUCGAGAUGGCCCACGAGACCGCGAACAGCGCCAUUUCAAGCCCAAGAAGGCCUUUCAGAAGAUGCAAGAGAGAAUGAAAGAGCAGGAAGAAGAAGGAGGCAGGAAAUCCCGAAGCAAGCGGUUCAACAACCCCGAGUUCUCCUUCGGCAAGAAGAGCUUGGUCUACCAACUCAACCGUGGCGAGUUGAAGGACAAGGUUGGCAAGCUGCUGGAGAAGAAUGGCCCAACAGAGGUGGAGGAGUCUUCGAGGCCACCAGCACAGCGUGAGAGUCAAAACGACUGGUUCAAAGGCCGUCAAGAGGAUCGUCAAGACGGCCGCCAGCGCGAACGAUUCCAGGAUCGCCGCCCGGAUCGGCAACGCGACCAGUUUUCAGACCGCCGUCCGGACCGCCGGGACGCUCAGUCAGAACGGAGGUCAGGCUUUACGCCAGGCUUUGCGCGAGAGCGCAUGAACUCCAUGCGAGAUGGUGCCCGCAGAGAACUCGAGGGCGCCCCUCCUCGGCGAUUUGGGUCAAGGCAGCCGGACCAUGAGGCAUCCUCCGAUCCGUCAGAAUUCCGUGGCUUGGUACAGUUCACAACAGCUGCAUCGCAGUUCCUCUUCGGUCGCUCGGUCGUCAAGGCAGCGCUGAAGAACUCGCAACGCAAACUCUACCACCUCUACCUCUACCAGGGAAGUAACAAGAAGGAAAGCAUGGACGAUAAGUGGAUCUUGUCCAUGGCGGAGAAGAAGAAGGUCAAGAUCACUAAGCUGUAUGAAAACGACCAACAGCUGCUCGAUAAAAUGAGCAAGGGACGACCACACAAUGGCAUCGUGAUGGAGACAUCCCCGCUACCCCAGUUGCCGAUCACAGGUCUCGGCGCAGAACACAGCGAGCCUCAGGGCUACCCCGUAUCCGUAGCACGCCAGUCCAAGGAAGACGUCGCGAUCAACGGAACCGAGGGGUUCAUUCCUUACAGGCACGGUACGGCUCGGCCGCUUGUGCUCCUUCUGACCGAGAUUCUGGACCCCGGCAACCUCGGUGCCAUUCUCCGGACAGCCCGGUUCCUCGGUGUUUCGGCGGUUGCUAUUACGAAGAGGACAUCGUCAUCGAUCACGUCUACUGUUUUGAAGGCGUCAGCAGGCGCUUCUGAGGAGUUGCAGCUGUUUUCUGUGGAGGAUCCGGGAGCCUUCCUUCACGCUAGCGCAGCCGCUGGAUGGACCUCAUAUGCCGCUGUCGCACCGACAGCUGGCUUGCGUAGAGACAACCGCCAGUGGACACCGGAAAGCAUUGAGGAGACGAAGCCUCUCCUUUCGCAACCUUCCAUUCUCGUUCUUGGCAACGAGGGCACUGGUCUCCCGUACGAUAUCAGGAAAAAGGCCACUCAUGAGAUCACGAUCCCACGGAUGGCAAUGUCAAGCUCGGUGGACAGCUUGAACGUCAGCGUAGCCACAGCCUUGCUCUGCAACUCGUUCCUGAGAGGCACUGCAGAGCCUAGCAGUCUUACGGAAAGGCUGCAGAAGGAAGCUCACAAGGCAGAUGCCGGCGAAACAGCAUGCAUCAACGCAGAGCAUCCUGCGGCCGUCCGCAAAAUGUCACCAAACGCCGGGGAGAAGCUUCUGCCCAAUGACCUCGCCUUCACCCCCAACGACGUCUUUGGGACAAUAAACACCACUCCACUCUCGCCCCGCGAAGAGCUACUCGCCGCUCGCAUGGCCGACGACAACUUCCUGUCCAACGCCUCAUUUUCAUAUCGACCACCCUUUGCGGAACAUCAUGACAGCACUACUAGCCUGGGCUGGGAGAGCCUUAGGCGCGCCGUUGAGGCCCUUCACAUACUCGAGAAGAGGCAAUCUUGCCCGACGAGCAUGAACAGCUGUGAAUACAUCGGUGCGGCCAACAAAUGCUGCCUGAGCAACGAAAUGUGCGUGAAGGUGGUCGAUGAGCAUGUUGGGAACGUCGCCUGUUGUCCGAAGGGCGCUGCUUGCAGUGGAGCUGUUGCGGCAUGCCCCAGCGGUACUACAAGUUGUGACGCGGAGCUGAGUGGUGGAUGUUGCAUUCCAGGAUAUGUCUGCCAAGGUGUUGGCUGUGUACCGAGCCCUCCUCCGGCAACGAGUGCUUCACCAACUCAGACGGCCACAGGCACUGGUGGAGGUGGGGGAGGAGGAGGAGGAGGAGGCGGCGGCAGUGGCGGCAGUACCGGUGGCGGAGGAGGUGGCGGAGGAGCAGGCACGACAGUCGUUCAGACCAUCACCACGACGUCCGUCUCGACAACGACACUCGUCGACGGGAGAACCACGACCGUGCAUGUGACGGUAAUCGUGACGGUGAAUCCCGGCGGAGCGACCACGAGAAGAACCACGACGAGCACAACCCCUGAGGAGCCAUCAGCCACGGCUCCAGAGCCCACGACGACGACUACUGGCACCGCAGUGCCUCCUUUCCGACCGACGUCCAUCGACUCGGACGAGCCGCCGGUCACAUCUGCGUACUGCCCGACUGGGUUCUACGCGUGUCUCGCCCGCGCUGGUGGAGGCUGCUGCCAGACCGGUCGAGACUGUGCCACUACUUCAUGCCCGCCUACAGAAUCGACGACCAUUAUCAGCAACGGUGUCACCGUUGUCGUUCCUCUCACCGAAGUGCCGGAGCCCCAGGCGACGGAGACCUGCGCGAGCGGGUGGUUCUUGUGCGGCGACGAGGGCGGUCCCGUUCCUGGCUGCUGUCCGAGCGGGUAUGAGUGCGGCACCGCGAGCUGCUCGAGUAUCUCACCGACACAAACUGGCGAGAUCCAGAAGCAUUUUCCCAAUUCAGGGGGUUCAAGGGUUGCGGUGUCGUUGGCUGCCGUGGCCAUCUCUCUUUUUGUUGCUUUGUUUUGA